UGUCCCCCCCCCCCCCGAAUGUGAGGUGGUAGAUCCCGGUGUGACCCUACUCUCGAACGAGUUGGGACCGGUUACACAGGGAGCACGUGGCACAUUGGGGAUACGCCCACAUUGUGGAACCUUGGAUUGGCCUGGUGGACUUGCAAUUUCCAGCAUCUUCAGUUCUUCAUUUCGUUAAAGAAAUGCCAGGUCGAUCUUUCUAUUGGGGCCAAGCAACAAGUUAGAGAGAAGCAGGAAGAAGACAUACUUCAGAAUUAAAAUAAUCGUGUUUCAACAACUGAUGAGAUAAUGUCAAUAUAGUUACAUAGUGGUGCCAUGAUCUAAUGUGGAACAAUAUUUGAAGUUUGCAGUUGUCUUGGGCGGACAGUAGCUGGUUGCCAUGACAACGGGCAGCACCGAGGCCGGCGCGCAUGCGUACUGCGUCACUUUGGGGCCUGUGAAGCCGGACUGUAAAUUAGUGCUCGCCUGCCGUCAGACGCAGCGCCCGCUACCAACUCGGCCCGGCCCUCCGCUGCCGCCGCCUCUUCCUCUUCUUCGUCUUCGCACCGAAUCUCCAGAGAGCCAGCGGGCCAUGGCGGACAGGAGCGAGGUGCAGCCUCCUCAUGCUCCUGGCCAUCAUCAUCACCAUCACCAUCACCAACAACAACAGCUACAGCAACAACAACAGCAGCAGCAGCAUGCGCCACCGCCCAGCCUGGUGCGGAUGGUGAAGUCUGUGAUCCCUGUGCUGCCCUGUGCCACCGUCUCCACAGCCCUGCUCGGGUGGAUCAUGUUCUACCUGACCUGCAGGUACAAGAUGUUCGAUGAGCACACCUUCACCCUGGGCCACUUCACCAGCCGCCUGCAAGUGUACAAGUUGUUUAGUUAUGUGUUCAUCCAUAAGAGUAUGAGCGCGCUGGUGUGCAAUGUUCUUAUGCUGUGGUAUUUCGGUGGUGCUAUGGAGAAGAGCAUCGGAACAGUAAAGUACGCAUACCUCACUCUCCUGUUCACAAUUCUCACUGGAAUCAUCUAUCUCCUCAUUGGUUCAAUGAUUUUUGGACUGCGUAACCUAAAAGAAAUUCAGGGAUUUACUACACUCGUUUUUGCCUGUGUGGGGAUGUCUGUAUUUCUGUCUCCUAUGAAGUACAUUGUCUUUAUAACAACUAUCAAAUUGAUUUACCUCCCAUUCAUUUUACUUGCCAUUGCAAUUUUCAUUCCGGAAUCAUCGAUCAUUGGCAAUGUUUGUGCAUUGGGAGCAGGAGUUGCAUAUGUUUAUGGUCGACGGUUCUUUCCUUACCUGGAUUUGCAUGAGAUGACUGCUGCAUCAAUGGAAAGGAAUUUUCCUUUUACUUAUCUGAAGGUUAUACCAGGGAUCACAUUUUAUUCAGCCUUGUGGGAGGUGAGAAACGUCGAAAUAACUGACAGAUGUUUGUGGAAACUCUUGGUCUGUGAUUUUAUAUUUCCGACUGGCUUUGUCUGGUGCAAUCCUAGACCAGGGUCCUAUCCCACACAAACCUAUUACUUUCCUCCAGCCACUGACUCCCAGUACAACCAAUUUUCGAAGAUAUAUUGGUCUGGAUCUGAGCAGCAACAAAAUCCUAGUUACGGUCUUGAAUAUGUUCGUAGGCUUAAAUAUGAUGCUGGAUAUGGACAGAACUAUAAUCUUGGCUCCACAUCUGGACAUGGACAUAACCACAAUGUUGGACACACACCUGCGUAUGGGCACAGCCAUGAUCUUGGACACACACCUGGGCAUGGGCACAGCCAUGAUCUUGGAUGCAUACCUGGGCAUGGUGACAGUCACGAUCCUGCCCAUAAUCCUGGACAUACACAUACUUGUGAUCAUAAAGGUGAUUACCAAUAUGCUGCCAAGGUACCGUUCAAUUCUCCUGGGCUCCAACAGAGUUAUGAUCCGAGUCCAUCUGUUAGAAAAGACUUUGAAGAUUCCUGUUCUGUGGUCAUGAACUAGGUCCUUAGUUGGCGUCGACCUUUGCAAAAUGUAGAGUUCGUGCCACCAUCAUGGAAUCACCAGUCAAUGCCAAAGAUGCCUUUUUUUUUAAUUUUUAGAUUGCCAAUUGUCAGAUAAUAGAAAUGCAAAAUUUUCCAAGUGCUGGUUCAAGCCAAGGUGAUAGUAGAAAAGUGUGUAUUGUUACAAAGUAAGUUAUAUCAUUGGCAUCAAAUUCAGCGUCAAAGACUUGAAAGCCUACAACUAUGUAUGUACUAAAUAUUGGUGUUAAAAAUUUUGCUUUUUUAUACUUUGCACCUUCUGGUUAUUUUAACAGUCAUUAAUUAUUUUUUGUUUGUACCUGUGCUGUAAUUAUCACUGUUAGCACAGAUGGGAACAUUAUCUUCUGUUUGCAAAGUAUCAUAAAAUGCAUCUUGUCUUAAUAUGGGCACAGUGUGCAUUUCAAUCUGCACUGGCAAUGCCAAUGCACCAACAUUAAUACAGCUAGGGUAACAGAGCAAUUGAGGAGUAUGAAAUGGCUUAAUUUAUACUUGAUAAACAUGCUGCUUAAGAAUUGACAGCUGAUGGGUCAAGAUGUCUGAAGGAUGUACCUCCAGCUAAACUAGUCUUGAGUUUGAGUCUUAGAACUGCUGUAUGUUUGAACCUGAUUUGCACUAUUGGGAAAUGAUUUUGAGAGUUUUGACUGCUAAUUGGGCAGGCUGCUACAUGUACAAUAGCAAGUAAGGAAUGAGUGGAAGAGAAAUGCUGAUCUUCCAAGUACCUCACCAAGUGGCAUCGAAAUUGUGGAGAGCCCCAUCUUUACUGUUACUGUUCCACCUUCUGUCAAGCCUCAUAUUAGUCGGGUUACUGGCCGAAGGUAAGAAUACAGUGGCAAGGAUUUUCUUCAACAGUGAGAGAGAGAAAAAUGUGAUGACGAACUAUCUUGGCCUACUCUUCAUUAAAUGAGAAUAAACAGAGAAGGUGAACUUGCCAAGGGAGAGAGAACAUUUGGAAGAACAGAAUUCGAGUGCAGUUUGUUCAAAACAGUAUGCCAAUUGUUUUUACUCUUAUGUGAGUACGACUUGAAAUAUCAAUAAUUGUGGUCAUCCUUCCACAUUCUCUCAUACUUUCUUGGUUGCUUAAUUAAAUUGUGCAGAUAUUGAGGGUCAGAAAUGAGCUGAUGUCUGCUUGGUUAGGUAAUCUGAAAUUAAAGCACUGUUCAAAGCUUGUAUUAUCAACUGAAGCUACCUGGAAAUUGGUAGAAACAAAGAUGUUAUAGAUACCUCAACAUGUUCAGUGGUACAAGUUUGUGUGGGUGACAGAGAUAAAGUGCUGGAAGAACUGACUGGGUCACAUAAGAUUGUUUUACAUCGAGCUUUACAGUGAUCACACCUAGCUUUACCACAUUGCCACUUCUCUUUUGGAUUCACUAUCCCUGAUUUGUCACAUUGCUUAUUUGACAACCAACAGUUGUGCAUGCACACACGUAUCUCCAACUACAUAUCAGGAAUGCUGAAGCCAUUAACUUUUGUCCUGUCAUAGACUCUAUUCUCAACCUGUUGACCUCAUUCCUCUCCCUGGUAACUGUCUGAGGCUUAACCAGUCCCUUUGCAACCUUGGCAUCAGAUUUGAUCCCUGGUUGAGCUCAAGACCACCUUUCUCUAUCUCCAUACCUUUGCCAAAGACUCAGUUCACCUGUUGUUGAAACCCUCAACCGUGCCUUUGUUACAUCCAGAUCUAAUGUUUUCAGACCUCUACUGUCCAAUUCCUAACUCAGACCAAAUGCUGGAGAUCACAGCAAGUCAGGCAGUGUCCAUGGAGAGACAGCAAGUUAAUGUUUUGAGUCAGGAUGAAUUUUCAUCAGCUCUGAUGAAGUGUUAUCUAGACUCAAAACGUUAGCUUGCUGUCUCUCCAUAGAUGCUGCCUGAUCUGUUGUGAUUUCCAGCAUUAUUUAUUUUUCAGUACAGAUUCCAGCAUCUGCAGUAAUUUUCUCUCUCACACCAAAUUCUGCCCCUCCACAUACUCGCUGACCUUUGUCAACUCCCGAUGCACCAACACCUGGAGUUUAAAAUGUUCAUCUUUAUUUUCUCAUCCCUCAAUGGCCUCACCCUUCUUCAACUCUGUAACUUUCUCCAGCCCUAAAACCUUCCAGUGCUUUCUUCCAAUUCUGGCCUUUUGCCCAUCCCCAAUUUUAAUUACUGUUCCAUUGCUGGUGUAUUUUAGAUACCAAGAUCCUAAGCUGUGAAUUUCCUCCCUUCAAUUUCAUCACCUCUCAACCAAUGCCCUCUGGUACAGAUUUUAAUUGCACAAAAGACCUGUAUAUUUGAAUGCAUUGAAAAUUAUUUUGUUGGAUCUCACACUUGCGGUAUCUGAAUGGGAACAACAUUUGGGAACAUUGCUGUAAACAUUUAAGAUGCUGCUGAAAACAUUUUGACUACUUUUUGAUCAUUUGUUCUAACAUCUUGUAAUAUGUAUCUUCUGUUUUAUAAUACAUCCUGAAAUGUUUUACAUUAAAGAUGGUAAA